AUGGCAAAAAAAUUUGAUAUGAUCAAGGAUAUUGAUGGAAGAAGGGAGACGUUGAAACUUGCUGUUAGAAUCGUAGAUUUGUGGUAUGUUGAGUCUUGGGAUUCCAAACGAAGUAUGGAAAUGGUUUUGAUGGAUCAAAAGGGUGAUGUUAUUGUUGCAAUGAUUAAGAAGGAAGAUAUGGGUGUUUGGGAAGAGAAGCUAAAAGAGGGUGAAAGUUACAUAAUGCAUAACUUUAAACUCUUGAAGAACAGAGCUCAAUAUAGAGUUUGUGAGCAUCCAUUUAUGCUGUUGUUUAUAGGAGCAACGUCUAUACGACCACAACCCAUUGCAAGCAUACCUAGAAAGCUUUGGAAGUUCAAAAGUAUAAAGGAUAUCAUCGAUGGAAAGUAUUGUUCUGAUUUGUUGGUUGAUGUCAUUGGUAUGCUGGACAAUGUAGAGGAGAAAGGCCAUUCCAAAAAUGUUGUGUUUGACCUCAAAGAUUUGAGUGGUGCUAUAAUCUGUUGCACAUUGUGGGAUUCGUAUUGUGAGAAAUUAUUGAGUUAUUGGAGGACAUGUAGUCAAACAUCUAAUGUUGCUAUUAUUCUUACUCAGGCUAAGAUAAAGCCUGCUUCAGGUCCAUGGCCAGUUUCAUUAACCUCUGGCAGUGAAACUUUUGAGGAAGGGAGUCAAUAUAGUGGCUCUUCACAGAUUAGUCAUGUUGAUAGGUUUAUGUAUAAAACCGUUGUUAAAAGUGUUUCAAAGAUUAUCAUUGUAUUAGAGGAGAUUUCCUGUGUUACUGUUGCACGUACACUUAAAUUUAACUUAGGAAAUGAUGGAUGGAAUUAUCUGGUGUGUAACGUUUGUACGAAAAGAACUCACGAAGUUGGUUCCUUUAAGUGUCUUAGUUGUGAUGCUUUUAAUGAUUCUCCAAGAAUCCGAUACAAGCUGGAAAUUCAAGUGACUGAUGGGAAAAAGGUGGCCAAUUUCAUGCUUUGGGACCAAGAUUGCAUGAAUUUAAUUGGUGUAUCUGCUGCUGAUUUGAGAAAGAAAAUGAUCAAUCAUGGUGAAGACGAUCCAAAGUGUUUUCCAGAGGAUCUAGAUGUUAUUUUAGGAUGUACUUGGGCUUUUAAGGUGAAGCUACAAGGAAAGAACCGACCUGCCUCAGUUAUGAGAGUUUCCACUGACGUGGAAAUUAUUGAUCACGUUAAAGCACUACUGGGGCAGGAGGAGGCAAGCUUUGUUGGUGAAUGUGUUGUUAGUUGUCCAUCUGAUAUACUUCCUGAUACUUCCAAUUCCUCAGCAAUGGUUAUUGGUAAAUGUAGCAAUGCCAGUCUUCUUGAUGUACCAACUUCUAGCGGGACUUCUUUAAUGUGCCUUUCUUCCACCGCUGAUGAUGAACCUGAUAUAGUUUUCUGUAUGACGCCGUCUAAAGAUGUUUCUGCUCCUAUUGAUGAUGUUCCAGACAUUCCAUCAAGUAUCAUGGAGUUUGAUUUUCUGGAAGAUAUUCCUCUAGCUCAGUUAUCAGCUACAAAGACUACAAAGCCAACGAAGAGUAUCAAAAAGGAGAAAUUAUAA